CCGGGAAUUUAACAAAAGAAGUAUAAUUUGUCGCUGUUUGAUGACGUGACAAACCUCAGUGACCGUGAGUUGUUUGACAUGUUGGACGGAAAAGAAGCGUGCUGACAACCAAAAUGAUGAAUUUAUCCGCUUUAGUGCACAGCCUCAGAUGCUCUUUGCUACACAUUGAAAGCAGACUUCUGCAGGCGGCCGGACUAGACAGACAACUGGCUCCAGCGCUGACGGUGAGCGGCCCCAGCCUCCUGCCUCAGCUCGCCGGGGAGGAGGAACUUGAGGAGCGGCAGAGCCCGGAGCAGCCUCCCGGCGUCCUAGACGACAUCCUGUGGAUGGCAGCACCGAAGAAGAGACGCACUAUAGAGAUCAACCGCACCCGGAGGAGAGCUGACAGCAAACUUCUAAAAGUCAAGCCCAACAUCGAGCCUUGUCCAGAAUGUGGCCACUUGAAGCAGAAACACGUCAUGUGUGGCUUCUGCUACGCAAAGGUUUGCAGGGAGACGGCUGUGAUUCGUCAACAGAUAAAAGCUAUGGAAGGCGGCCCCCUGAAGGCCCCGUCUGUGGAGACCGUCGUCCUGUACGAGGGUGAAACACCAAGUCAGCAGGACAAAGACAAGAGGAUUGUGGAGAGACCAAGGAAGAGGCCUGCCUGGUUCAGCUACUGAAGCAGAGCUAUUAAUGCUGUGUGUGUGUGUGUGAUACAUAUCUUGAGUUUGACACUGAUUCUUUAUAUUAUGUAGUAAACAGCAUAUUUUGUCCAGUCUCUUAUUCAGUAUAAAGUGAGGCUUUGAUAAAAACUGGCGCAUCUGACUUACAUUUAUCUCUGUGAACAUACUCUGCUAAUCCUUGAUGCAAGGCACAUGAUGGUAUCAGACAGCUUUUUUUGGUCAUUGAUUCAACUAUUUGUCCUAUUUUCAACAGAUAAAUUCACUGUAUGUUUGAAUAAUAAAUGUAUUAUUUGAAAA